AAACGGAUCGCGUGUUUUCCCUCGAUCGGACGCGAUUUACUCCCGUCUCUGGAUUCCGUCAAAGCCACUAUUAGUAAAUAAUGAAGUCGGUUCAGUGGGUGAAAAUAUUGCUCUGUUUGAUCCUUGCGGGUCUCAAUGUAUUCCUCUUCGUGUUGUCUUGUGGUGUGGACUAUCGCAUCUUGGUAGCUAGGGAAUAUAUACGCUUCCGCCAGGAAAUGCCCACCAUGGACAGUUGGAUAAACUCGCCAUUCGGGAAACUGAAAAACUAUGUGUUCAACGUGACCAACGCCGAGGAGUUCCGCAGCGGUCGUGAUAACAGGCUUAAGGUAAAGGAGAUCGGCCCCAUUGUGUACAGAAUCGUGGGGUUCAACGACAUCUUAGAUAGCAACGAGACAAACGUUAGGUAUCGCAAGCACCGAUACCGCGUAGUGGAAUUCCUCCCGGAGGAGAGCGUGGCACCCGACGUCCUUAACUGGACCAUUACCUCCACAAACAACGUUAUCCUGGGCGCAGCGACGAAGGUCAAGCAUACGGCGCCACUUGCAGCCUUUGGUUUUGAUGCAGCGCUCAUGAUGGAGGAUAUAUUUGUUACAGAUAGCGUAUACUACUUCCUUUGGGAGUUCACGCGUCCCCUGCUGCAAACGCUCUCCAGGAUCUCGAACAUAAGACCCAACGUCGCUGUUCUAUACAACGCUCUCAAGGAGAAGGAAGAGGUUUACACGGUCAACAUCGGCCCUAAGCGCGGCAUUGAAAACUUUUUUCGCAUCGAGACGCUUAAUGGCGAGGUGAUCAUCCGGGAACAACUUCCGCACACCCGUCAGUAUGACUCCAACUCUUGCCCCUUUAACGUGUCCGGAGCGCUGGACAACUCUCUCUUUCCGCCCUUUGUCCAGCCGGAUACGCCGCUGAACAUAGUGGCUAUCGAGUCCUGCCGGGUCCUUCCGCUGACCUACCAGCGCCAGGAGCGCUACAACGGCCUUGAUACCUUCCGCUACACUCUGCUUCAGUCACAUCAAAAGCCUCCCGGCUGCCUGGACACAAGCUACGGUGUCAAGCUACCCGACGGAAUGUUCGACGUAUCCCAGUGUGUGAUAAAUGACGCCCCCUCUGCGUUUUCGAUGCCACACUUUUACGGAAGCAGCUACAACUGGAGCCAGCACUACGAAGGAUACACACCCAACGCGGAGGAUCACGAGCCAUACAUUUUGCUGGAGCCGGUCACUGGAAUUCCGGUUACGGAGAAAUACCGCUUCCAGUCUAACAUUCCUAUUCCGGAUCUCAGGAGGUUUAGCUCACGUCUAAGUCGGUUUAGCAACAUGAUGAUUCCCAGCUUUUGGUAUGAGUUCGAAAUGGGACAGCUGCCCGGUUUCGUGACCUCCCUGAUGUGGAUCAACGUCAACAUUGUGCCACACGUACAACCGUAUUGCAUGGUUCUUUUUCUGGUGCUGGCCUUGUGGAGUGUCCUAAAGGCAAUUCGAGUGGCCUGCGGCGACCUCGGAUAUGUGGGCCUCUUCCGGAAGUUGUGUGGCGAUAUGGGCACGGUCACCGCUCUAGAGACCAAGUUCCAGGCCACUAGUGCUUCCCCCGACGUGGCAGUCAAAUAGUGAUCUACUUUCUAGACUGGACCCGUGUAUAUAUGUAUGCAAGAUUUAGAUUUAGGGUAGAGGUGUCGCUACUGAUGAACUAUCAGUAGUCGUAAUAUACGAUUAAGUGGAAAAUUGAA